GAUUCCGAACAGGAGCAGCAGCCCGUAUUCUCUCUAGUUCAUUCAACAGACUCUACAGCAGCGACCUCAGGUAACGACCUGCUACUACUCGAACUCCAGCGUGAGCUGGAUCGUGAAACGCGAGAUUUCUACGUCUUCAAUAUUUCGGCCGCAGACGGAGGCGACCCUCCUAGGUUUGGCUAUUCGACUGUGCAUGUGCAUGUACUAGACACGAACGAUAACGCACCAAAAUUCGAGCGAUCUCAUUACGAAGUGUUUGUGUCACCGAAUUCACUUGAUGAAAUUAACCAUCAACUGGUGACAGUGCACGCUCGUGAUGCUGACAGUGGCCGGAACGGACGAAUUAGCUAUCGACUCUCCGGAGCCGGGGCCGGUGGCGAGGAGCAAUUUGGAAUUUGGACCGAGAAUGGGACGAUUUUUGCAAAGGUUUUGAGAAUUUUUUAA